AACAGCAUCUUUCACAUAUUGUUCUUCUGAUUUUCCUUUCUUUAAUAGUUCUUCCCACCAUUUCACCUUAUCCUACAUUGUCAGGUUAAUGUUCCCUUCACCUGUGUUCACAGAGAAUGCAAAUAAACUGGAAGAAAGUGCAAGAGGGAUCUACAUCCCUUGUCCAGAGCAUUACAAUGGCUUCUGCAUGCAUGGCAAGUGUGAGCACUCCACGAACAUGCUGGAACCGUCUUGCAGAUGUGAUGCCGGCUAUACUGGACAACACUGUGAAAAAAAGGACUACAGCGUUUUAUAUGUGGUUCCAGGUCCAGUACGAUUUCAGUAUGUCUUAAUAGCAGCUGUGAUUGGAACCAUCCAGAUUGCUAUCAUCUGUGUUGUAGUCCUCUGUAUUACAAGGAAAUGUCCCAGGAGCAACAGAAUCCACAGACAGAAGCAAAACACAGGGCACUACAGUUCAGACAACACAACAAGAGCAUCGACAAGUUCUAGUGGCAAUUUUGAGUCUACUGAACUCAGUAGUAGGGUUUUGAGUUGGUCCAAGAUCAGCGACAAUUAUGGAUGUGGGAAAGGUGAAGAAUAAUUUAACCUACAUUGAGGAGGGAUAAAAUAUUUCAGAUCCGGAGUCAACUACAUUUCAUCAGCCUUCUUCUCCCAUACCAUCUAUCUUUACUCUCCCAUAGCUUAGGAAGUCUUUGGCUUCUAAAUUAAAUCCUAACCGAAGGGGAAAUGGAAAUUCUCGGCAACCGCGAUGAGAGUGUCGGGGGUAAUGCUUCGAUUUGGGAGGGAAUUAGGUGUCUGUCAAGGUGAACCCUACAAGAACACUUUGCAGAAUCUCCAACUCUGGUCACUGGAGUGAGUGAAAAUUGCUUCUCACUCUUGAUUGAAAAUUAUUAGGUUAAAAAAGUUAAUAACAUAAUAACAGCUGAAAUGCCAGUCCCAUUUGUACCUCGUGAACAUGCUGAUAUAAUUUAUUUUUUCAAAGAGAAGGUGAAAACCACUCAGAAAAUACCUUAUGAAUAACUUUAUAGGUGACCCUACUCCAUUAAAUGUAAUGAACCCAAAUGUUGGCUAUACCUCAGGAAAAUAAGGGCAUGUAUUUUGUCACAUCCACAUGAUGGACAA